GCGUCCCCCAGGCCCCCGACCCGCUCCUGCCUCUGCCUCCUUCUUUUCGAGGGUGUGGCGGGGGGCGAGGAGGUGCCCCUGUUUGCCCCACGGAAGGUUAGGGCGACGGGUUCCGUUCACCUGCGUGGGCCGAGAGGGCCCCUCAGUUCCCUUCAGUCUCGGCCCCUCCAGGACUGAGGGAUGGGGCGGACCAUGUGUCCGCUUCACUUCCCUCCGCCCGGCCGCUCCUUGUGACACGCGCGAAAAUGGUAUUGCCCCGCCGUCCUUCCUCCUUCCUCACUCUUUCCCUCUUCCUCCGCCUCCGUCAUAACCACGCCGGUAAGUGGGCGAGCGAGGGAAGGGAAUACGAGAAACAGCCAGGCCGAACUAUGGAAAGCCCGUUUUAAAAGAAGAGGAUGGUUUUCCGUCAUUCCUCAUAUCGGUGUAUAUUGGGGAACUUCCUCAAGAUUUCCUUCGCAUCACCCCAACUCAGCAACAGCAACAGAUCCAAUUGGAUGCUCAAGCAGCUCAACAGUUACAGUACGGAGGAGCAAUGGGUACUGUUGGGAGACUGAGCAUCACUGUAGUGCAGGCAAAAUUGGCAAAAAACUAUGGCAUGACACGCAUGGAUCCAUACUGCAGAAUACGACUUGGCUAUGCUGUCUAUGAAACUCCCACAGCUCACAAUGGAGCCAAAAAUCCCCGAUGGAACAAAGUUAUUCAGUGCACUGUUCCACCUGGAGUGGAUUCUUUCUAUCUAGAAAUAUUUGAUGAGCGAGCGUUUUCAAUGGAUGAUCGCAUUGCUUGGACGCACGUUACUGUUCCUGAAUCACUGAAACAAGGAAAGGUAGAAGAUGAAUGGUAUAGCCUGAGUGGAAGGCAAGGAGAUGACAAAGAAGGAAUGAUUAAUCUGGUCAUGUCUUAUACGUCCUUACCAGCUGCCAUGAUGAUGCAGCCUCAGCCGGUGGUCCUGAUGCCCACAGUGUAUCAGCAAGGAGUUGGAUAUGUGCCUAUAACAGGAAUGCCUGCCGUUUGUAACCCAGGCAUGGUACCUGUGGCAGUUCCACCUCCCGCUGUCAACCCCCAGCACGUAUGUAAUGAAGAGGAUUUAAAAUCUAUCCAGGACAUGUUCCCCAACAUGGACAGAGAAGUAAUCCGUUCAGUGCUAGAAGCCCAGAGAGGGAACAAGGAUGCUGCUAUCAAUUCCUUGCUUCAAAUUGCAGAGGAAUCUUAGACCAUCUGCUCAUUUUCCAUCUUCAUUGUUACCCUUACUUUUGAUUUGCCAAGCCCAGGGAUUUAGGUAGAGGAAGAAUUUCCUGAGAAAGCAUCCUGUCUGAGAGAUUGUGUUCCCAUUUUGUUGGUGGUGGUUGUUGGACAUUUGAACAUUUUGUUUUUACAUAUGUUCUAUAGAAAUCUCAGCCAUUUUUAUUAAUGUAUCAGUUCUGUCAUGCAUGGCUGCAUUGGUUUGAGAGGUGGAGUUGGAGCAUCUAUGCUGCUUUUUUCCUUUCCCCAUUUUGGAGAACAAACACACACAAGCUUAUUCACCUAGUUUUGACACUGCAUUCUGUUGUCAUAAGAGAUAGAGUAUAAGUUGAGUGAUCACAGGAGACUGCUGUUCAACAGGGUUUUUCUUAAAAGUUCCCUCCCUCUAUCAACAUAAUAUUUGUCUGAAAAGUGAUUACACAGUGCCCUUAAGCAGGUUCAGCAAUCUAUAGCAUUCUUAGUAUAGAGUCACAAACUGGCUUUCCUGUAACUUUUGUGAUUUUUCUAAUGAGAGAUUCCAUUGUUCAACCUAUUAAUCGGGCACCAAUGCAAUAUAUUUGUUGAGUUUUUUUUUUGUUUAGAGCUAGCUACUCUUAUCUGAUGUGCUGCUGUGCAUCUGAAAUCUGAAGUUAAUUGUUUCUUGGGCCACAAUAGCAAAGACUGGAGGAACAGGGUUAUUUCCUAAUAUGCUAUUGUGUUUACUUGCACUGUCCUUGCUUCUACAUUUGUGAGACAUUCAAAAAGAUAAAGGUGAGAAGAUUUUAUACUUGGGAAAAUUUGGCAUCACAUUUUAAUAAAUGUCCUUAUGAUCAGUUACCAUAAAAUAAUAAUAAUGCUUUAAAAGAAAUUUUCAUUUUUCAUCCAUAAUCAUUUGUUAUGGGUGAAACCUUCUAUUUUUCCAUUUUGAGAAAAAAAAUUCAAGGCAUAAUACCAGUACGAUAUAUACACAGUCAUUACUCAUUGAGUACCAGUUGGCCUUAAUUCCAUCAAAACUGAGGCAUGUGAAAGAAUCCAUUGUCACAAAUUAGGCAAACCAAAUUUAAAAUACAAUCCCAAUAUGUUGGAAGAGGGGAAUUGUACAUAUUCAUUGUGUAAUGUUAGAUCUGCAGAACUGUAGAAGAGGACAAAUUUUUUAUCUGUUUAAUCAGUUUCUUUCUUGUUUGGCAAAAAAGCAAAGUAAUGCACUUUAAUAUGCACAUUUUUUCUUAAUGUGCUGUUUGGUUUAUUGAUGGGUUUAAAACAUUUUAAUUACUUUCUGUAAUUGCCAGCCAUACUUUGUACUUUCAUAAGUGUUUGAACCCAGUUCAGACUCUCACAUUGGUUGUGACUUUUAUCACUUUGGGGAAAAAGAGUGCAUGUUUUUUGUCCUUUUUUCCCUCCAUUCCUGCUCCGCUCCUACAAGCAUCCAAAAAAUUGUCCACUAGAAUACUUCAUCAUAUCAUCAUAAGUACUCCUGGCACAGCCAGCUUAUAGUUCAAAUAUUUAUUUUUUUAAUGAUUAAAAUAUAGGGGAGGAAAUGAUUUUUAAAUACAGUACCAAAAAUGUGUGUGUUUUCUUUCUGUUUGUUGCUUAAAACGUAUGUAUCCUUUCAUCUAGCUUGCAGAUUUGCAUCUGUGAGCACUAAUUCUGUCCUCUGCCUUCCUAUCCUUCUGUUGCUUUUAAAUACAUGAAUACAAUCUGUUGCAAUGUGUGUGUUUUACAACAUCCUCUAGAUCAGUCUUUAACAACUUGAUGCCCUCCAGCUGCUUUGUAUAACUCCCAGCCAGCAUGGUUUUUGGCAGUUGUUGUCCAAAACACCUAAAGGGCACCAUAUUGACAAGGGCUGCUCUAGACUGAAGAAGCUUGUGUGUCCAUCAGAAAAUUAGCUUGGAUCCUUUCUUCAUAUUUUACAAUACUUCCAGAUCAAACUUUUAUAUAAUGGCAUACAUUGUCAGUAGCAUCAUAGUACAGGUAAGUCUUGUGGUAGCCUAUUUGUGAACUAAUAUAUUUUGAGAACUCAGACGUACUCAGCGGAAAGUCUGGAAUAACAAUGUGAUGUUUGGAAAAAUCUGCUGUAGCAUUAUACCCAUAGAAUAAAAUGGACUUUGUAGUUCUAGAAAACUACAUCCAAGUACUUAAACAGAAUUUUUAUUAAGAUUAUUCUGAGGUAUCCAGUGGAGAUGGUUUUAAAGGGUUUCUUUUAGUUUAGGGGAGAUCCUGAAUUGUAAACACAGUGAAAACAGUUGAGAAUGCACUUUCACAAUAAAGACAUAAAUAGGAAUGGGAAUGUUAAGACUAAAUUCAGUUUCUGGAAGGUACAAGGAUAUGAGACCUGUGGAAAGUCUGGGAAGCUUUAGUAGUGGUUGUUAAGCUGCAUUUUUAAACAGUAGAGCAGAGAGAACCAUCGAAGAACAUGGGUAGUAAAUAUGAUAGAUUGCUAUUAACAUGUUCCUCUUUUCUUCAUUAAACAAUGACAACACACAGUCCUGUAUUAAAUUAAUGUCCUGCAUUCAAUGACUACUAUGUAUCAUUAAAGUUGAAAGGGGUAAUUGCAAGCAUGGCUACAGUUAUAUGCAUAUCUUUUCUUGAUAACUACCGAGAUUUCCCCCGAUCCUUCAAACAUGUGUUUGGAAGUAAUCCCCAUGGAUUUUAAUGAAAUUUGCCUCCAAAUCAAUGGGAAUAAGAUUGGGGUGCAAGUUGCUGAUGUGUGAACUGAAACGCACUAGUCACCUAUCAAGUAAAAUAAAUGCUGUGCAACGCACAAUCCUCAAUACAAUUUCUCAUAUGCUCCAUUUAAAUGAACAGCAUGUUCAGCUUUGUGCAUCUGGCACAGCAUUCCUCCACAGCUGGAAGACCUCUGCUGAAGACUGAACUGGUAUUCGCACUAGCUUCAAACCUGCCAAGGACCUGUGAGUGGGUUAAAUACAGGAAUAUUUUUGUCUAGCUAGAUGCUUGCCACCUUCUUCUCUACUGCUGUGUGAGUGUGUGCUGAUGGUUCCAAGUGUUUCCCUUUGCAGAUAUUAUUGCUUGUGUUGACUGACCUGUAAUACUGUAUAGAGGAUGUUUUGCUGUAAUAAUUCUGAAGACAUUGUUUUUUUACUGUAUUGAGGUUCAGAUGUUUGUCUCUUGCAUUGUAAAAUAUUUUAUCCCAUUCUAUCUAAUUUAAUAAAUGUCUACCAAACCA